GGAUUGGUCUGGUCCGAGUCAAUUUGUGAAGUUUCUCACAGACGUAUGUUCCAGCCGAGAAACGUCAUCGCGUAGAAGUUAAAACCGCCCAUCACCGUUGAGAACGCAAUCGUCCAAAAUGACGUCCAACGCGGAGGAUCUACAAAAAUUGGAGGAGGAGGCGAUAAACAGAGGCACCAAGUAUGUCACGAAUCUUGUGCAGCGGCCAGGCCAACUGGAGAAGAUCGACAUGUACAAGCGCAGAAUCAGCAGGAAGAAAGCGUCCGUCGAGACGAUGCUGAAGACCGCGAUGCAGAGCCAGUUGGACGGAGUUAGGGUCGGUUUCGAGCAGCUGCAGAGCUCUCUGGAGAGUAUCGCCACUAUCAAAGACGAUAUGAAUCACAUCAGCCAACUGUUCAGUUCUGUGGUGAAGCUGAGCUCCCGGUUGCAGGCGGUGCAGGAGGAAAACAUGCGUCAUUCGCAGUACGUCAUCGCGAAGGAGAAUCUGAAGCACAUAUUCACCGUGCCCGAGAGCGUGGAGAAGACGAAGCAGUGGAUAAACGAGGGCAAGUUGCUUUACGCGCAUCAGAGCCUGAUGGAUCUCGAAAGUUCGAGGGACGAACUGUUGUACGAGCUUCACAAGCUACCGAAUCAGUCGGUAGCGGAUACGAUCAUGCUCAAGGCUUAUUUCGAGGAUGUGGAGAUGCUCUCUGUGCUCAUGGAGAAACAGAUAAGACUGGUGUUGAGUCGCACCUUGAAUACAGUCAGAAAAGAACCUACUGUUAUAGUAACACCACUGAGGAUCAUAGAGAGGGAAGAGAAAGCGGAUCAAUUUGCUAUUCAGAGGCACAAGCAAAGCGGAUUUAUGGCACCAGGCAGGCCCAAGAAGUGGAAAGAAAUGGCGAUGCAGGUGUUGGAAAAGUCAGUGGCUAACAGGAUCGAAGGGACUCAGGUGGAGGAAAGAGCGGACAAUAAAAUGUGGCUUGUGAGAUAUUUGGAGCUCACAAGACUCUUAAUUCUCGAGGACUUGAGAGUUGUGAAGACGCUGUGCGAGCCCUGUUUCCCGCCGUGGUACGACAUUGUGAGGACGUUUGUUAAAAUGUAUCACAACAGCCUGUCUCAACAUCUGAAGGACAUAAUCGCCGGCGGGCUAGAAGGAAACGAAUACGUUUCUCUGCUGGCUUGGAUCAUGAACACUUACACGGGGCCGGAGUUGAUGCGUCAUCCGGAAUUAAACAUAGACACAUCCGACAUCGGCCCGUUGCUCAGUCCAGAGAUGAUAAACGAUCUCCAGGAAAAAUACUUACGGAACAUGUGUCAGAAUUAUGAGGACUGGAUGAGAAAAACAUUGGAAACGGAGAAAUCGGAUUGGUGGGACGACUUUCUGUCCGAGAGGACCAUCCGGGAGGACCAACUGAAUUAUCACACCGCGGCGCCGGUGAUUAUAUUCGAGAUGAUCGAUCAGAAUUUAAAAGUCACGAAAACCAUCAGUCCAGAUCUGACGGCGCAGGCGUUGGUUCUUUGCAUCGAGCAAGUGAUUAAAUACGGAUCCAUGUACAGACAGGCUAUACUGGAAUUCAAAACGAGACACUUCGAGGACAGAAGCCGAGUGCCCGACUUCACUCAUCACAUGAUCCUUAUAGUUAACAACUGCUUGCAGUUCACCGAGCUCGCGCAACAGAUAAAGCAACUUUACUGGGUGCCCAACACCACCGGAGACGUCACGGUGAAAUUCGAAAAUCUCUUGGGAUUUUAUCAACAGUUGAGAAACGAAGCUGCGGCCAUUUUGCUGCAGGAGUCGUUUCUGGACUUGGAGUUUAAUUUCCAGGAUUUGAUCACUCCCAAGUGGCUGUCGUCACCUAUCCCGGUCGAGACGAUCUGCGUCACGUUGGAGGAUUACGUUCAGGACUACAAGCAUCUGAGUCCAAAAAACUUCGAGUACGUAAUCACGGAGGCUCAGAAUCUGAUCGCAAAGCGUUACAUAUCCGCGAUGUUGCAAAGGAAGAUAUCGUUGAAAACCUACGAAGAGUGCAAGGCGUGCACGAUGAAGAUAAUGACCGAGGCGGACAAGCUGAAGAAUUUCUUCGACAGAAUCGCGCCGAAGAUCGAGAACUUCAAUUCCCCGUUCCAAACGAUAAAGGACCUCGCCAAGGUAUUGAGUUGCGAGGACACGGAGAUUCUUUCCCUCGAUCUGCACUCUCUGGUCAACAUGUAUCCGGACAUGACCGAGGAUCACUUGAUCAGACUGCUCGGUCUGCGGGGUGAUAUAUCGCGCGCGGAAGCGCGAAGCAAGGUCUCCUACAUCAUGGAGGCCCAGCGAAAUCAGAAGCCCGUGCAGUCUAAGGCGAACAGCAUAUUCAAGCAGAUAGUCAUACAGGACAGCUUUCGAGGGUGGAUGCCUUGAGAUUGGAAAAAGAAUUUUUCCCAAUCUAAAACGUGCGCGCGCAAUACAGACGGUUCCUCCGUGUGAUUAUUGGUUCAGGCGUAAUCUUAGGCAGGGACUUAUACCGGUAUGCAAAAUACCGGUAUUUUACCGAUAUUUUUGGGUAAUACUAUGAAAACCCUUAUGCAAA